AUGAAGUUACUGGGCCAGGUUGUUGUCUUGCUUUUGCUCGGGGGAAUCUGGUGUCAGAACAACCGUAAUGCUAAAGCAGGUGGCAAGUCUGCAAAGAAGUCUGGUGGGAACCAGGGAGGCGAGUCUGUCCAGUCAUCCCCUGCUGUUGAUUUGACUCCUGGAAGCACUGAAAAUACUAGAAGCACUGGAGGCUCAGCGGAAGCAGGACGGGAAGGCGCUGCAGGAGCUCGAGCAGCUGGACAACAGACGGAUGAUAUGAGGCUGCACUUCCUUCAGAACACCCAGGUUACAUGCAAUGAUGGAACUGUUGCUGGGUUUUACCUAAAGGAGUUCAGAGGAAGCCGCCGAUGGCUGUUAUUUCUGGAAGGUGGUUGGUGCUGUUACAGCAAAGAGACCUGCGAUUCCAGAUACCAAAACAUACCCCGACUAAUGAGCUCAUCCAGUUGGCCCCAAACAAAAAGAGGAACUGGAAUUUUGUCCUCUCAAGCAGAGGAAAACCCACACUGGCAUAAUGCAAAUAUUGUAUUCAUCCCAUACUGUUCCAGCGAUGUAUGGAGUGGCACUGGGCCUGCCCCAACUCCUCCUCCCAGGCCGCGACAGGGCAGAGAAAAAGAGAGAGAGAGAAAUAUCAAUGCUACUGAGUAUACCUUUAUGGGAUCCCUGAUCAUCCAGGAGGUCAUCAAAGACCUCAUUCCAAAAGGAAUCAAGCAGGCUAAGGUCAUCAUGCUCACUGGCACAAGCGCUGGCGGAACAGGUGUUUUGCUGAACAUUGACAAGCUGGCCAGUCAGAUGGCACAGCUUGGUGCAGAGACUCAGGUCCGAGGCCUUGUGGACUCUGGGUGGUUUCUCGAAAGUCAACAGCAGAGAUCUCCCAAUUGCCCUGAGACUGUUUCAUGCUCGCCUGAAGAUGCUAUCAAGAUAGGACUCAGGCUGUGGAACGGGGUCGUUCCUGAUAGAUGUCGCCAGCUUUAUAAGAGAGGGGAGGAGUGGCAGUGCUUCUUUGGUCACAAACUGUACUCUACCUUGACCUGUGACCCCACUGUUGUUGUGCAGUGGCUUUUUGAUGAGGAGCAGCUGAGAGUGGAAAACAUCUACAUGGGAGGACAGAGUCUGUCCGAGGAGCAGUGGCAGUACAUACGGAACCUGGGCAGGUUGCUCAAGAACUCACUGAGAGAUGUCACGGCUGUUUUUGCUCCUUCCUGCCUCUCCCACACACUGAUUACGAAAAGUAACUGGAGAAGUUUCCAAGUUAGAGGCAACUCUCUGCCCCGUGCUCUGCAUUGCUGGGACAGGAGUUUGGAGGCAACACGCAACAACAGAACCCCUGCUAAAGGUUGUCCUUUCCACCUGUUGGACACCUGCCAGUGGCCCCAGUGCAACCCCACCUGCCCUGCAUUGGUGGACCAGGCCACACAGCAGGAGCUCACCCUGCUCCAGAUGCUAGCAGCCAUGGGUCUUGACCUCCAGAAGUUAGGCCUGGAUACCCAAGGGGAUGAACAUUCUUUGGCUAGCAUGGUCAGCAAUGGCGGCUAAGUGGUAACAUGGGUUGCUUCUGAAGAGAUAUCAAGCAGAGGAUUAAUGGUGGGAAAAAGUGUUGAAAUUGUAAUAUAACUACAGAAAUAGUACAGAAAUCUGGUAACUAUGUCUCAUGCUGCUCAGCAUUCCAUCAUGCUUUGUGUAUGUUAAACUGGUGACUUGACUGAUGGGUAUGUCAUUGUGUCUGAGUCUUAGUGGUUUAGCUGUCCCUCUAGUGGCCAGCAGAGGAAAGUGCUAAUUGUACUGGAUGGAACGCUUUGAGCAGACAUACUGUACCUCUUGUGAGAAACUUUUAUCCUGAUAACUCUAUCUGAAACCAAACUUUGGACUAGUAGAGUUGUAUACCUACUGUGUAACAUUUGCACUUCAUAUACUGUAGUUGUUAGCGUUGACAUUUACUUUUACUCAAGGUUUAUUUUCUCCCUAUCUGAAUACAUUUAACAAAAGACAGGUUAUUCAUAAUGAACCAGUAUUCAU